AUGCUGGAUCGCGGUGGUUGCGGUGUGGCUGGGGGUGUUUGUGCAGGUGCGGCGGAUCUUGCUUUUUGGUGUGUAGGAGGAGCAGAUCUAUUUUUGGUGGAGGUGCGACGAUUUUUGCUGUUGGGUGUGUGGGAAGAGCAAAUCUCUUUUGGGUGGAGGUGCGGCGGUUUUUGCGGUUGGGUGUGUGGGAGGAGCAUAUUUGUUUUUGGUGGAGAUAAAUCUGUUUUCUUAAUUGUUGAGAAGAAAGCAAAAGGGAACGGAAAUACUCGUGACGUGGGCAUGGCGGAGAAGCUUAUGCAUGCGGUAAGGUACGACAGUUAUGGAGGUGGAGCUUCUGGCUUGAAGCAUGUUGAAGUUCCCGUUCCUACUCCUGGUGAAGGUGAGGUCCUGCUAAAUUUGGAAGCCAGAAGCUUAAAUCCAGUUGAUCGGAAAACUCAGAAAGGCAUGCUUCGUCCACUUUUUCCUCGCAAGUUUCCUUUCAUACCUGUUACUGAUGUAGCAGGAGAGGUAGUAGAGGUUGGACCUGAAGUCAAAAAUUUCAAAGCUGGUGAUAAAGUUGUGGCAUAUUUGGGUCCUUUGGGAGGUGGUUUGGGUGAGUAUGCUAUAGCCAAAGUGAGCUUGACAGUUCCAAGGCCCCCUGAAGUAUCGCCCGCUGAAGGAGCAGGCCUUGCGGUUGCUGGUCUUACGGCUCACAUGGCCCUCACCCAAUCUGCAGGGGUAAAGCUCGAUGGAUCCGGCCCAAGGAAAAAUAUUCUUAUCACUGCUGCCUCUGGUGGUGUUGGUCAUUAUGCUGUUCAACUUGCAAAGCUUGGGAAUACACGGAUUUCGUGGUCAGUUUUCGAGCCAAGUUUGAAUUCAAAAGGAAAGGUAAUCGAUAUCACUCCUGGUCUGAGCUCCAUGUGGACAUUUGCCGUGAAGAAACUUACCUUCUCCAAAAAGCAGUUGGUACCGUUACUUGUAGCUCCAAACGGUGAAAACCUCAAUUUUCUUGUUAAUUUGGUUAAGGAAGGGAAACUCAAGACAAUAAUUGACUCAAAACAUCCUUUAAGCAAAGCCGAAGACGCCUGGGCUAAGAUCAUAGAUGGACAUGCCACCGGAAAGAUCAUUAUUGAGCCUUGA